AACCUUCAUACAUUACAUACAUCCUCUCUCUCUCUCUCUCUCUCUCUCUCUCUAGCUUUACAUUCUCUCUCCUAUUCUGCAAUUCUUGUUUGAUUCGGAAUUUUCUGGUAUCGUGGUACCAGUCUGCCGGCCCAAACCUCUCUCCUUUAUCUUUUGAUUUCAUGGAAGCAUUAUUACUCGAUUUGAUCUUGGCUUGAUCCUCUCCCCCCCAUCUUUUCCAUACCUCAGCCAUUUGCUGCCUCUCCCAUCUGUUUCAAACGUUCUGUUUUUUUUAUCUGCAUAUUACUGAAAAACAGGAUAUACGAAUAUAUAUCAUGAAGAAGGUUGUAAUAUUGAAGCUGGAUUUACACGAUGACAAAGCCAAGCAGAAGGCGAUGAGGACGGUCUCUACUCUUUCGGGGAUUGAUUCCAUCUCAAUGGACAUGAAGGACAAGAAACUAACGGUGAUAGGGACGGUGGAUCCGGUAAAUGUGGUGAGCAAAUUGCGCAAAUAUUGGCCAUUGACAACUAUGAUCUCAGUAGGGCCUGUAAAAGCACCUGAAAAGAAAGAGGAGCCAAAGAAGGAAGAACCCAAGGCAGCAGAGGAGCCAAAGAAAGAGGAAGCAAAGAAGGAGGAAGCAAAGAAGGAGGAACCAAAGAAAGAAGAGGAGAAGAAAGAAGAACCCAAGAAAGAGGAAGACAAGAAGGAAGAAGAGAAGAAGAAAGAGGCGCCGCCGCCGCCAGACCCUGUCUUGGAGCUGGUUAGGGCUUACAAAGCUUACAAUCCGCACCUUACCUCAUAUUACUAUGUGCAAAGCAUGGAAGAGAACCCAAAUGCCUGUGUUAUUUUAUAAAAUGGGCUACCAAAUUUAAACUUAGUGUGAGAGAUCAUGAAUCUUUCCUCAGGUUUUGUUAAAUGGGAUUGGAGUUUUGUCAAAUAGUAUAGGAGGAGGCAGGCAUUCAUAUGCAGGCAACUCUGGUCCAAGACUCAAGAAGACAGGAGCUCUUGUAUAUAAGACGGGGGUAAUGCUUCAUCGGUCGUUCUAAAGCGCAAUGAUCUGUAAAAUGCAGAGAUCAGGGAAUAAAUAAGUCUUUGAAUUCGGUUUGAACA